CCCGUUGCCAUGGGGAUUGCCCGGAAGGAGCGUGCGCCCUCUUGAAAAAGCUCCCCCGGCUUUUUCCGGUGUUGUGAAAGCGGCGGCGAGAAGGUAAGUCAGCCCGCGUAAAGGGGGAAAAAGGCUCCUGGGUGGCUGUCUAGGAGCCAGGCCGGGUUUUUUGUGGGGGGAUAUGGGAUUUUUUUUGGAGGGCAUGCAACCCGCGAGUGGCGUGGGCAGAAACCCCCUUCCAACUACCGCUGAUUCUGUGAGCACCGCCAGCAGUCCUCCUCAAAUAUAGAAUAAAUAUUCAUAAAUGCACACAUAUCUAUAUAUAUAAACCAUGUGUCUGAAAUAGUAGGGAGAGCAAUCCUGAAGCCAUUUUGACUCUCAAUGACCUCAAAUACUCAUCUGCAGUGAGGGAGGCAAAUAGGGAAAGCCUCCCCAUUGCCUUUACGCUUGCAAAUCCUGUCUUAAGGGUGUAUUUGUGUAUGAAUAGGGUGAGCCUGUGACCUGGCUUCAAGAACUAAAGUAUUAACCAUCACGAAAGAAUGGCCAGGCUUCCCAGGUAAUGCAAUCGGCGACCAUUAUCAGGUAUCCUGGUAGGCAGGGUUUCUGCUGUAGACUGCCUCCUAUGAUAUAUGUAUGACGAUUUUGGGGUGGUCUUUGGCUAAGGGGGUUGGGCAAUGUCAAGGUUCCUGCACACUUUUGUUGAGGGUCUCUCCCUCCUUGGAAGGAGGGGAGGGGACUCUGUUGCAACAGAAAAAUAAAUAUCUGCCUUGCUUUCCACCGGAUUCUGUCUCCAUCCAUUCUUCUCUGGCCAAUCAUGGACUUAGGGGACUCAGAGUCCCAUGGGGAGUUGGGAAGCAAAAGCCAAACCCCAAUUUUUACAUCACCAUUAUCGAAAUCACACAAGUCAGUUUCCCCUAACCAGCCAGCAGUUCACAUCUCUUCCCCGCACUCCAGGUUGUCCUGGCAUUAUUCACUUGCCUUUAGGAGCCUCUGGAGAAACAAAGGAGGAGCUUUCCACAACAACUUUGUCUCCGUGCCCUUCUUUAAAAUUAAGAAGCACUUGUUUAGCAAAUGGCUGUGGGGCAAGUCUUGCCAGGCCACCAGAAAAGUGUUCGUGAUGCUAGGUAUAUUCUUAUCACCAAACUCUAAUAGAAAUGCUGGUGGUGCUUCAAAUGUGAGAGGAAAAACCGCAAGCCCCACAUCCAGGCUCCCUCCAGUUUUGGACAAACUGUGUCACCCCACCCCCACCAACAGUCUUUAAAUACAGUAGUUUCCAAUGACAAGACAGGAUCAGGCCCUGUGUAAUUUGAGCUGAGUACGUUGAGAGCGUUUCCUUCCCCUCCUAAUCAAAGCUGCAUUCUGCAUAUCAGAAGUGAAGACAGAGCCCCCACAAAUCUCUGGUAGUCUUUGUAGCUCUUUUCAGAAAUGUAACGCUGUACUGUAGAAUCCUCAGACUGAUUUUAUGAUGAUACUUUUCAAAUGUGAGAGUAUGGUAGGCCUUCAAGCUAGGAGACACCUUGAUUUUGAGGGAAAUAAAAAGACUUUGUUUUUCUGUCUUCUCCAUACUUUGUGUCCUAUUAUGUCUUCUAACAUCCCGGCAGUGACUGUGGUUUUCGAAUAGAAUUUGAUAUACUUUAAUACUUAGUAAAUGAUAAAAAAAUCAGCAAUUCUGUGGGUAAUUCCAACUGGUUAGGUUGAUACUAUUCUUUGAACCGCCCUGAAAGCCCUAGGUAUAGGAUGGUAUAUAAACUCAAUUAAUAGUAGUAGUAGUAGUAAAGGUAAAGGGACCCCUGACCAUUAGGUCCAGUCGUGACCGACUCGGGUUGCGGUGCUCAUCUCGCUUUAUUGGCUGAGGGAGCCGGCGUACAGCUUCCGGGUCAUGUGGCCAGCAUGACUAAGCCGCUUCUGGCAAACCAGAGCAGCGCAUGGAAACGCCGUUUACCUUCCCGCCGGAGCAGUACCUAUUUAUCUACUUGCACUUUGACAUGCUUUCGAACUGCUAGGUUGGCAGGAGCAGGGACCAAGCAACAGGAGCUCACCCCGUCGCGGGGAUUCGAACCGCCGACCUUCUGAUCGGCAAGCCCUAGGCUCCGUGGUUUAACCCACAGCGCCACCCACGUCCCUUAGUAGUAGUAAUACAACCAACUAAUUUCAAAGAGUUGUGAGAGAAAAAAUUGAGCUCUUCAAAGGACAGGUAGGAUAUACGGUAAAUGUAAUACAUGGAAGCAAUUAAAUAAUACCAAAAUAUCAGUGACCAACUGUGGACCUGAUUUAUGCUUUCAGGCUGCUAAGAUGUCGAGCCAAAAGAAGUGUCCAGACUGUGGCUCCUUGGAAAUUGUAGAGGACUCUCAUUAUGCUCAGAACCAGCUGGUGUGCGCAGACUGUGGCUUCAUUCUGACUGAAGGGCUUCUCACAACCACAUAUGCUGAUGAAGAACAUUUACAAGGUGAGGCUAAGAAUAGCAAAAUAGCUCAAAACUCUUUGUAUCUUACAAAGACAUAGGAUUUGAGAUACGACUUGCAAGCAGUUCUCAAAUAUAGACAGGCCCUACACCAUUCAACAGUUUAAAAAUGGGUGCAUGUUUGAGAGCUUGGACCAAAGUUUGGCUGAUAUCUGUGUUUUUAUCUCAUAGAAGUCACAUAUUCACGGAGUACUGGUCAGAAUGAGCAAACGAGCCGUUGUGUACAGCGAGGUACGUAUUCUGCAUUACUCUUUUGAUGCUUUGUGGAAAUUAAUGUGCCUGUCAUCCACAAGAGCUGCAUUGUUCCACUUUCUAAAAGCAAAGAGAAAUUUGCAUUUUUAAAACAGUCUUACCUAUUUGCUGUGGGACCAACAUCAAAACAACCUAUUUUAGAGUUUUAGAAGUGCAUAGAGUCCACAGUUCAGUUGGAUUGCCUGAUCAAAUCCCAGCUGAAUCAUUGACAGACUGGUUAACCAUGGACCAGUCUGUUUCCGUUACCAUUAAAUGGUUAUUAUAAUUGUGUGUGCAGCUGCAAAAAAUAAAAAUCAAUACAUAACUAAAAGCCAAAUUAAAAUCAAAUAUGAAGUUGAAACAGCAAUACUAACAGCCAUUCUCAAUUAGAGCCCCCAAAGACUUUCAUUUUUAAAAGUUCUCCAUAAUAUAUAUUAAAAAAAAAGCCAAAGUAGGCUUGGUUUGGCCACUCCAGUUACACUACCACAAUUGAAAAUAUGUUAUCCAUGAUUGCCACCCAUCUAACCUCUGAAAGUUGGAGCACGUGAAACAGAGCCUCCACAGAUUAUCUUAGUAUAUGGGCAACUUCAUACAGGCAGAGACCUACCCUGUGGUUAGAUUUGUCACUGAUAAAUGUGUAUGUGGAAACAUUUCUUAAGUACUGCUGUGGUAUUUUCCCCCACAGGAGUCAAACGUGUUCGGGAUCUCUGCAAAGUUCUGCGGCUUCCUUCUCUGUUUGAAGAUACAGCCGUGUCCUAUUACCAGCAGGCAAUCAAACGUCCCUGCUUCAGUUUAGUCAGCUUGGAGAAGAAGGAGAUGCUUGUGGGCUGUUGCGUCUUUGUGACCUGCCGCCAGCACAACUGGCCCCUGACCAUGGGCACAGUCUGCCUGCUACUCUAUGGAGACAAGGAGUUGUUUGCAAAGACCUAUCUACGCUUCCUGAAGGAACUGGCACUGGAUGUGCCUACUCUCAGCUUGAUGGAUAUGGUGAAAACCCACCUCAACAGGUAUGUUGCAGUUCUUGUGCCCUUUCCUUGACAAUACUUCUCAAAGUUGGUGUGCAGUUUCCAUCAUUCAGAGACAGAAUUUACAAGUAUCAUACGGACUGUGUGGUAUAUUGACUGGAAGGCUGAUGAAACAGCAAGCUUCUUAAAUGUUCAGCAGGGAUGGGUGUGGUCAGUGCUUGGAUGUCAGACUUCCUAGGAACCCUGUGUGUGCUGUGUGCUUCCAUCAUGGAAGAAAUGGGUAUUUUCAUAUGUGCAUGUAUACUCCAACUCCCUGAUUUCUGAGAUUUCAUCUGAGGCACUUCAGGCAGUUCCAGGCUUUUCUCUUUAGCCACAGGGGCAGCAAACUUCCUUUUCUUAACAAAUAAUUCUCAGAAUUGUGAAUUCUGCUCCUGCUACCAAUCCUGUAAUUGCUUGGAAAUCCUUCCUAUUAUUAUUAAGGGCAAGACGCCAACAAACAGAAUUUUGUUGAGCACAAGUUGGAAUAGUGUAAAUUCAGCCCUGUCCAUAUAGUGCUGGUUAAUGGAAGAUGCUUGCCUUUUUGAUUCAAGCUGCUCAGCUUGCCUUUUUGGUGUCCUUGGAAAAUGCAAGGCCUUCUGCCCUUUGCCCUUUCACAGAAUGCUUUAUUUUGUUCAUGUGCCUCUUUUCACCUACUGUAUUUGUCUUCUCCAUCCUGCCACAUCUCCCAACCCAAGGCAGUCUAUCUAAAUAGGCUCUUUGAUUUUCAUCUUUCCAGCUUCAAGAUUUUCCAGAAUUCACCCAGCGUCCCGACUAAGUUUGUGGAAGAAAAGGAGCAGCUGGUGGCAAGGACUAUCCAGAUGGUGGAACUUGCCAGCGACACGUGGCUGGUGACCGGCCGGCACCCCAUCCCCAUAGUGACAGCAGCAGCCUUCCUGGCUUGGCAGUCUUUCCGGCCUGUCGAUCGCCUCACUUGCACCCUUUCUCAGUUCUGUAAGCUUGCUGGUAUGGAUGCUCCCCGGCCAGCCCACCAGAGACUGAAGGAGCUGCAUAACAUCCUCCUGCAAAUGGCUUCUCAGCUGGGCUGGUUGCGAGUGCUGAAAGUGGACCGUCGGAGCGUGGCAAAGUACAUCGGUGACCUUCUGCGGCACCGCCGUGUGCUUCUACAGGCUGCCUUCCGCAUCGUGGAUACUACGGAAGACCGUGACCUAGAAAACUCAGCAGCUGCGCCACUGCAGCUAAUCGAUGAGAGCGCUGCAACAGUAGAAGAGGCCUCCCUUUCAGGAGAGAAGCAGAAGUUCAGCAAGCGGAAACCUUUGCUCCCACCCUGCGUCUUGAACCCCGCAAAGAGGCUACGAACUCCUGAGCUAAGCCUUGAAGAUUCUGCUAUCACUGGGGAUGAGCCCAUUUUAGACAGUGAGAUAGAGCAGUACAUCCGGACUCCAGAAGAAAAGGAGAUGUUUAGCAAGGCUCAAGCGUGCCUGUGAUCUCAAAGCUGCAAGUGAUUCAGACAGGCUUGCAAGCAAUAGCCUUCUGAUACAUAUUUUGCUCUAGGAGGCUUAGUUUGGUAAGAAUAGAGUAUACACUUCCAGAGUUAAUGCUAAAUACAUUACUUCUGGUAAAUGAGCCAUCAUAACCACUAGAGGAUUGCGAAAAUUUGUGUCCUGGGCUUUUUAGACUUGUCUACUGUCUGAAGCAAAGGGAUUCAUUGGUUGCCAGAUGUGAUUUCCCCUCCCCCCAGCUCUCCUGUCCCACUAAAAAUCUCCCGCAUCCUUCAGGCAUGGCUCCUUCCACCCUACUGUGGUAAUAAUUAAAGACAGGUUUGGGUGGCCUGGAUAACUUUGGUUACAGGUAGGGACUACUAGUAACCAGUUGGCAAGGUUGUGUGAUUAUUUUCCUUCAACUCUGACAAGAGGUAUAGGAAGUGGCCACAUUGCAGUGGUUUGCAUGCUGUUUAGGACAACUUUUGGUGUAAAGAUUGGCAGGCUUCCUGCGUAUCUCUGGGUGAGAAGUAGUAUCCACUCUUGAAGGUUUGGGUGGAGGCAGUCAGCCAGCUAGAGCAACAAAUACCUCUUUGAGUUGGCGUUUGACUUGAAUGAGUGUUUGUCUGGUCUUCUUAUGGUCCUCAUAGUUAGGCAUGGGAGAGUGGAAGAGUAAAAAUCUAAUUGCAAGUUGUUUCAGACAUGCAUGCUUUAAACCUAGAUCCAGAAGAAAAAGUUGUGGCUUUGCAAGCAUCUCUUUAUAGAACAUGGUAUGGUGGUUCCUGAACAUCAUACCCGAGUCACAAGAGAGGUGGUGAGUCAGUCGCUCUUAUUAAUGGAGCUGCUUAAUUAAUUUUUGUCCUUACAUGCAUGUUGAGAGACAAGCUUGUAUGUCACAUUAAUGACAUAUGUGAUUUGUUCAGUUGCUCAAAUUGUUGCCACACAAUUCUGUUUAUUGCUCUGUAACUGUGGCCAAACUCUUGUUACUGCCAGAUUUGAUUUUUAAAAAAUGACUUUAUGACCAACCAGAUACUGAACUGUGUGAGGUAUCAAGAGAGCCAGAGGAGUAAGAAAGCAAUAGAUAACUUUUUGGAUGUUGCAAUUCUUUAAUAUAUUAAACAAGAAACAUCUGCUAGAAACACUUCAUUUUUAUAAAAUGCAAAAGCCCUAUUAAAUGCUUUCUUUGGCACAGUUGUCUCUCAAAAAAGCUCUCUGUUCUUUGGCACAGUUGUCACUCAAAAAGCUUUCUUUUGUGAUAUGUCAUUUGCUCAUAAUGUAAACAGACAAAAUAAGGUAAUAAUACAAAGCUUUUCUGAUAAUACUGUUUUCAGUGUAGCAAGCAUAUAUAACAAGUUCAGCAUCGGCAAUAUCAUGUGGGUUGUAGUACUGACAUAUAAAUGAUUUAGGCCUUUAUUUAAAUAUAAAAAAUAUAAAACCAAGAAGGAAUUUUCAGAGGUAAGGGAAAGGAGAAUAGAUCUGCUCUCAAGCUAAAUAGGAGGAAGCAAUUGUGAAACCACUGUAGUUGCUAAAGAGGUGAUGGAGAAGGAGGAGGAGGAGGAGGAACAGUUCUUGGAAGAUUCAGGGAUUGGGAGGUAAUAAGUGCUUCAUGGCCCUUUAAGGGCUCCAACUUUCCAUGCCAGCUCUUAGAGCCACUGUGGAUCCUACUGAUUGCCUAUGGCUCUGCCUGUUUGACUGGUGGAACCAAUAGCAUGAGGACCAAAACAAUCCUUGCAGCUCCUUUCGAGGUAGGUGAUGUUUUACUGACAAGGAGACUGCGUAUGCCUGCCUGUCUAUAGGAGUACAUUGAUCUUCUGCCAUGUUCAGAAUAAAGACUUUAUUUUUAGUAAGCACUGCACAGUUGAUUUCAAAGGAGCAGUAAGAAUUUUCAACACGUGUGCGUAAAAAUUAUACAUUUAUUUAUAGUACCCAGUUUGUGUCUUCCCUCAAGGCUAUGGUUCUGUUGUGGAGAUAUCUCCUGGCAUCCACCCCCUGCUUGCAUUCAUUGCUGUUACUUACUGUAGUGAAUGUGCUUCCUCUUCUAGCAGCUGUUUGUUAUUGCCUGUGAUAUAAAUUGCAAAAAGUGAGAAGAGGGGCCUGUGCAGGGAGCCUGGCCUGUUCAGAUUUCUUGCACCCCCCCCACCCUUGAAAAUGGACGAUUAUAUUCUUCAGCUGCUUCUGACACAGGUGCCCUUUGUGGGAAGUGCUUUUCUAUGCAUUUACCCCACAGAUGUUUCAGUGCAGUGUUUCUAGAAAAAGAGGUGCCGGAACUCACAAUGAACGCCUCCCUUGUUCUCUUAGAAUGGCAAUGGAGCCCACCAGAGAGGUGCCGCAACUGAGUUCCAGCUGAAAAAAAAGCCCCAGAUGUUAAGCUGGCCUCGUGAGACACACCCACAUGGGUAGGGCUGCUUGCAUGAGAAAGGCCUUUAAAGGUUAUGCUAGAAUCGUGGGGUGAGCUCACUGUAAAAUCCCUCCCACCGUGUUCCUGUAAAUUCUUAAGGAUACUUAACUGUGGCUCUCGGCUGACUUCCCUCCUUGCAGGAUGCCUACGUCUUUAGGAGCUGGAUGCUCCUCCCCUUUCCCAAAUAUGGAAAACCCAUCUAACGAACUCAACGGAAGGAAAAACAACAUGUUUAGUCCUCCUACAUCUGUGGCUCUCAUAAGAUCUCACUGUUCUUGCUCAUGAGUCAAUGUUUGUUAGUAUUGCAUAAAUGAUGCAGAAGGUGGUGGGAGCAUGUCCUCGGAGGUCAAUGGGGCCAGAGUGUGAGGAGACAGCAUUUCUAAGCGCCUGUCUGGAUUUUUCACACAGUCAUCUAUACUACAAAUUCCUCUGUCAUCUUUUUAGCUUCCCAUAUGUUUGCCCCUCUCACUCUGCUGCUUUAAGCAACUUCUACACCCCCACCAGCGUUACUGACAGCACUCAUCUGGGUAUAAUAAUGGUUUAUGGGUGUGAACAGAAAACCCUCACAAGUCUUCUCUCUCUAAACAAUGCACAACAAUGAUCCUAAAUAAUAAAAUAAUCUCUCUGCCUGGUCGGAAUUUAUAGCGGGUUGGCUUGUUUUAAUUCUGCAAAAACGUGGGUGUGAUUUAUAUGAUCCAAGGGCUUUGCCAAUAGCUUUUGAUCGCCCGCUGAAAUGUUCCUGUCUCUGUUCUGUUGGCCAGUCUGUGAGCCAAUUGCACAAUGCGUUCCACAUUGAUUUAAAUUAAUAACACACCUUCCCACACCCUGAAACACGCACUUUUCUCCAAAAAACUUGGAAAUCCAGAUGUUUAUCAGUGAGUAGAAAGGAGAGAAACAGGAAAGAAGAGAACUUGCUUCCCCCCAAAAAGCAAGCUGUAGUCUUUGCAGACUUGAGUAGAUUAAGGACAUGUGUCCUGUCUCUGUGAACACUUGGGUUCCUUGUGCAAGAGCAGUUAAAAUGAUUGGGUGGUGUUGGCCCUCUAACAUGGAUAGAAAAACUGCCAUACAGUGUGUCAUAAAAACAAAGAAGCUAUGCUCCCUUUUUUCUUUUUUUUUGCAAGGCCAAGUACAUGCCAUGAAAGUGAGGUAAGCCCACUUCACUUGUAGCUGAUAUUUUGCUUGAUUGCGUUUUGACUAUGGCUUUUAAAAUAAACACUUACAUUAGCUCUGUAAUUCGGUGGGCUAAACAUGGUCACUAAAAAGCUACAUUUGCUCCCUCUUAGAGUGGGGGGAAAUGGCUUAUUGCACUGCGUCAUGCUGAGGACCUUUCUCACUUUGCAUCUCAGUGUGACCUUCAGAGGUCAUGCGCCUUGCACCAGGUUUUGUAAGGCUAUGGAUAGGGAGGAGAAGAAUGGAGCAAAAGGCUCAGGCCGCUGCCUCCUAAAGAACUACAUGUUUGACACGAAGUGGCUUAGACCAGGUGUGAACAGGCAUCUGCCUUGCAGAAUCUAUCCUGACCCCUACUGGAUUUUUUCUUGGUCUACCAACUGGAACCAGUCUAGAGUCAAAUGAUGGCACCAACUGCCUGUUGGUACCCUACAAGCAUAAAUCUACUUGCAAUAUAUCAGGAACUUCAGCAGCCUAAUUCAGAGGCAGGAGGAGUGGUGGUCUUUUUGCUGCUGCUAUUAUUAAACAAUUCUAAGACAAAGCUCAUGCCGGGGUAUUGCACAUCAUCUUCUUUCCCUGACCCUAGUCUUCAGUUAUUUCAGACCCCAAGACUCACCUUUAACUACAGAUCCACUUUGAUUUGACCCUCUAUGUGCCCUUUUAUCUUUAGCGAAUCUGCAGUUGACCCAAUUCCUCCUCUAAACAUUUAAUGCAUUUGCCCCAACCCCGUUCUUUUUAACAGGAAAAAAAACUUUUUAAAAGGUUGAUGUCAUUGGUGCAACCCACCUUGGCCAAUCACACCUUGACCUCAGUCAAGACUGACAAUCUUUCCUCUUCUUCUGAACCUCUCUCAUCUUUCCUUGCCUUCUGAAAGCCUAGCUACAGCUUUACAAGCUUGGAAGGGGGGUGUCUGAGGUCAGCCAGACUAGAAAACACAUUCUCACGGCCACUUUUUUCCAUGUCUAACAAGUGCAAUUAUCUGUGGGACUGCAAAAUACAAUGCAAGAAGUCCUCUGCCGGGAGUGGGCAAGGAGUGAUCAGCCUGCUGGCAGGGAUUGCUGCUUUUGAGAAAGAGCCCAAGGACUUAGUUGGCUACAUGGAGCUCAUUUUUGACAUAGCAGAUUCAAUAGGAGUUUGGUCAUGUGAUUGCUCAUUAACUUGAUAAAACACCCAUAAACAGUGGACUGUCCCCGCCCCCCUUGGAACUAAGCAGAUGGGAAUGUCUCAAAGGUGUUUAAAAGUGCUCCCCCCAAAAAAAAAAUUACUUAAAAGGACCAACAUGGUUUGAGCCACCUCCUUGGUCAGCCUUGGUCAGCCCCAUGAGCACAGUGAUGCCUCUGCCUUACUACCAUCAAUUCUGUUAAAAAUGACCACCUGUCUCCAGCUUUGGAGCUGUGUCAAAAAUAAUCAAUUUGGUUUGUUGGCUGCAUCAACGAUGAGCCACAGCGUAGCCACGAGAACUGGCCCUGAGGUAUGUUGGAGGAGGGGGGCGUGGAGAAGGCGAGAGCUCUUUGACACAACACUGAUGGCUUUAACAUAAAGUGUGUAGGCACUUCAAUUGGAUAGCAAUUUUGCCUAUACAUAUGUACAUACAAUGCUAGAGAUUUCAGCUUAUAAACACUGCUUUCCUUGGUAUGCCAUACCAAAAAAUAAAAUAAAAAAGCACCUAGGAUCUAAGUGACAUGCAGAAGGGAUAUAAUAUAGAUUGCAAUGCUCCAGAACAAAUGAUUGUCUUUCACCGUACGAAUUAGGCCACCGCUGCUCCUUCGGUGGGGACAGGAAAAGAUCCCCAGGAACAAAGAGCAGCCGAGUCACCUGGUGCACAGGAUAUCGGUGAUGGAGAGCAUGGUGUGGUUCCUAGGAUGUGAUGCACGUACCCUCUCCCUACCCUGCCCCCUUGCAACUCAGAUGUCAGGUGACCUUUCCUCUCGACUGCAGGGUAGGGGGUCUGGGAACGUGGUCAACCAGACACUGCCCAAGCCCCACAUAGUGCACACCAUCAGCCUCUGCAGCUUGCAUCAGCAGGCUCUGGCAGCAAGAUGCCAGUGCCUUGCUAAUUCCUGCCCGAGGCUGGGGAAACCUGCUCCAGCCCCCUGGCCCUUUGACCCUUCCCUACACAGUCGUCUCGCUCUUCCAGAGACCCGUUUUCAUGCCGGCUGCGCUGUCAGCCCCGGUGAGGUUUAUGUCGUACUCGCUGCCCUUCAGGCCCCCGUUCUGAUUGGCCGUGUUGAGGGGGAAGGAGCGCCUCUUAGUCUCUUUUUCCGCUGCGGCAUUGGCCUGGUGCUUGAGGUUGUCUCUGCUGGUGCUCCUCCGCUGGCCUUGGCUGAAGUCUGCCCCGUGGUGGUGGCCGCCGCUGCCGUCGCUCAAGUCGGACUGCGUCAGGGCCAACUCCAGGCUUGGGACCACCCCCUGGCGCCGAUUGUUCAGAGGGCUGUUCCGACUGCUUUGGUAGCUCUCCGAGUGGCUGGUGGGGAGGCUGCCGCUCUCGCUGGUCAGGUGCUCUGAGGAAGGCCCCCGCAGAGCCUUCAGGCGCUGCUGGUGUUUCCCUUCCCGAUACUGCUUAGUCCUGCUUUUGUGGUGUCUGCUGCGGCCGUGCAGGUUGUUGGCGUACCUGGCCGGCGGGGUGCUCUUGCUGUUGCAAGGCUCUGCGUCCUCAUAGCAGGCCGUCUGCGAAGGGCUGCCAUCCGCCUGGCCGAGGGCCACUUGCAGGUUGUUGAGUUUGCAAGGCCCCGGGGCGGAAUUGCUGCUGCUGGGGGAAGAGGAGGACUUGAUGGACUGAGCCGCCUCGGGGCUGCAGCCAAUGAAGACCUGGGAGCCGUCCUCCACUCCCACUCCUGGGUGCACAUAGGCUU